AUGGCAAACGAUGAAGUUGUGUUGAAACAAUACUUGUCUAAAUAUAAACAUCGUGACUACACAGCCCGAGAAGUAAUUAAUCUAAUUCAAGUAUAUCGCGGUCUCGUCUAUCGCUUAGAAGCUUUUGUGUUCAAUAAUGGUUCAAGGAAGGAUUUACUCAAUCUCGAGGGCACCAUUCCUGUUAAUUACAAAGGUGCCGUUUAUAAUAUUCCCGUCAGUAUUUGGCUAAUGGAUACUCAUCCUCAAAAUGCGCCGUUGUGUUUUGUUAAACCGACGCCUGAAAUGACUAUCAAAACCUCUAAAUGGGUGGAUAAUAACGGGAAAAUAUAUUUACCCUAUUUACACACUUGGUCACCUACUGGUUCUACUCUCCAAAGAUUAGUGCAAAGUAUGAUAGCUGCAUUUGGGGAACUACCACCUGUAUAUGCUAGACCACGUAAUCAACCUCGCCCUCCAUAUCCUGUUAACUCCUUUAUGCCACAACCAUCUGGCUAUCCAUAUCCACAAGUGGGUCCACAGCCGGGAUAUCCAACUACAACACCAUAUCCUACUACAUCUAAUUUGCCAUAUCCUAACUACGGUUCACCAUAUCCUGGCUCAGAUAGUACAAAUGGGACCCAAUUUCCAGCAGUUACACCUUAUCCACCUACAAUUAGUUAUGGAUUGGCUGGUGAGGAAGUAGGCGGUACAAUUACAGAAGAGCAUAUAAAAGCAUCAUUAUUAUCUGCAGUAACAGAUAAAUUGCGAAGAAAGUUAAAGGAGCAAUCCCAACAAUCACAGGCUGAGCUAGAGACCUUAAGACGAACACAACAAGAACUCUGUGAGGGUAAAACUCGUCUUGAGGACAUUUUUACUAGAUUACAAAGAGAGAAAGCAUCACUAGAAAAAAAUUUGAGCAUCCUCCAAGAAAAAGAAAAGGAAUUAGAAGCAGCUGUUGAACGCCUUGCAGAGCAGGAUGGAGUUGAAGCUGAUGAGGCAGUUGUGACCACUGCUCCAUUAUAUUCACAGCUCUUAAAUGCAUUUGCAGAAGAAGCAACUUUAGAAGAUGCUAUAUAUUACAUGGGUGAGGCAUUGCGUAAGGAAGUAAUAGACUUGGAUACCUUUUUAAAACAAGUACGUACACUAGCAAGGCGACAAUUUACAUUAAGAGCUUUAAUGCAUAAAUGUAGGCAAAAAGCCCAACUUGCAUGCUAG